CCUAAAUUCAUUUCACAGUGGUCAUAAACAGGACGCCCGCUGUAAACUCCACCUUCUUCAGGUAGUCUCCAGCAGUUCAUCUAGGAGCUCGACUAUAUAGAUCUAGGCAACUUAUAUGCUUGUACCGUUAGUUGUUAAAAGACGAAGGAACACUCACCAAACUCCAAACUUGCGUGGGUGAAAUGGUUGCCAUUUUUCGACAUCAUACAACCGAGUGCCCCAACCAUGCGCCGAGUAGCAGCUGGGUCAGAGGGGAAGUGGUCAAUUUAGAAGCACUACGAGUCGUCUUAGACCAGCGAAACGCAGCAAGUGACUGUCUGUCCAGUCGGACAGGCGGCGGUAGCUGGAGUCCCGGAGGGACCUCAAUUAAACCAUCUAUUGCGUCCGGUUCUACAGCUACAUCUCGAACUGAUAUCUUAGGAAGCCCUACUAUUACGCCUACGUCCUACCCUCAAAAUGGGCCCUCCCACCCGCCUGGGCUUCUACCUACACUCAAGCCUACAUCAACUACUACUACAAGCAUGCUACCGAACAACACGAGCACAAGCAUAUCUAGUACUUUGACGAGUAGCGCAAGCCUAAGUUCGCAGAGCACGCCAUUAAAGAGCGCAAGCAUAAACCCAGCGUCAAUUCCCACAUGGGCUAUUGUGCUAGUUGUUAUUGCUGGUGUAAUAGGACUUGUAUUCCUUGCGUCGUUGGUCGCAUUUUGCUCCAAAGAGCGGCGGAGAAAGAGGGAGCCAAGAGGCAAAGAUCCAAGCUACCUGCGUGCGCUGGGUCGAGCGGUGGCCGCGGCCACGGGUUUGUUCAUCCCGAUCUGUAUUGUUAAGCGGUUCCGCAGGUCCCGGGAAAAUGAGAACCAGGAACGGCAGGAGAUGUACGACUCGCAGAUCCCAACAUACGGGAAGCUCGAGGAGCAGAGUCGGCAAUCGGAGGAAGUUGUUGCGAGUACUUCCCACGUACCCCCGGCGGAAACCACGCUCUCACCGGCGACACUAGAAAGGGGGACUUCCGUGGUUUCAUCACUAUCAUCGUCUACCCGGAGUCAAGGUCGAUAUGAAAGAUUGGAUAUCCCCCCGUCGCCGAUGUCGGAGGAUGGACUGUAUCCAUGGAAAUCAAAUGAUCCAUCAGAGACGGCGUCGGGAAAUAUUGAAAAACGGGAGGCUAGUACAGGGCCGGUGGAAAGUACUAGAGUGGAAACACCGCUGGCUCGGAGAUCGGAUUCAAUAUCAGAAAAGAGGGGAACAGGAGGCUGA